AUGACGGAGUACGCUGGGAGCCAGACCACAAGGCAGGCUCAAUCGGUGAAAUCGACCCCGCUGGCAAAUCAGACGAGGGUGAGUAUGCCCGCGGCCACCGCGCUGCCGUCAACGAGUGACAUAGAAAUGUAUCCCAGAGCGCUCCCGCCCCUCGCGCGGAACGGGGCAUGGAGCGACAACAACACGGCAUGCAGCGCCCAGUACAAUGUCGACCCUUCCGCAGCGGGGAAUGUGAGCACAACCACCGCCACGGGCGCAGCGUUCCCGGAUUCAUCUUCCCCUUCGACACGCACCAAUAGAGACCCGUCCCGCGGCCCGUUGCGGCUAGGCGUCAGUGACCCUGCGCCUUCUCCGUUGACGUCAACAGCCUCCCCUAACACAGCACCGGCUCUAUCGGGGCAGCAGGUCCUUCACUUCCCUCGUAAACCAGCCGGUAGCACCGGUGCUCCCCGCAUGCCCAUCGGUCUCACAAGUGUGAGCCUGAAGAACCCCGAGGAAAAUGACACGUGCCCACAGUUGCAAAGCACAGGUCAAGGCGACGAAGCCGCCCGGCGGUCCAGCCAAAAGGCAUGCAAUCCUGCUCCUACGGAAGAUUACGUCCAUAAGUGCGCCGAUUGUCGGCCGCCACUCACUGCCGAGCAGCGUCCGCGGGGGCGUGAGUCGACGGCUGCCCUACAUGCGCCGCCGUCCCGGUCCGAUAACACAGAGGUCGAUUUUCUGGCGCGGCAGUUCGUGCAGCGCACCGUUCUUUGGUCGUCCAUGUGCAACUGUGUCUCUCAACGUGAGUCGCCCGCGCAUCGUAAUCGUGAUGAAUUGGUCAAGUCAACGCUGCGAAACGUCAGCGUGGGCGCGGGAAGCAGCGCUUGCUUGCACGAAGUGACCGCGAGCGUACCAGUCUUCAGUAAGACCGCAGGGGCUUCCAGCCGCUCAUGUGUGGGGGUCGUAAACUCUACAAGCGUGCACAGUUCACAUCGCGAUGAAACGGACAACGGGGCUCUAGGUGACUCCCCCUCUACCCAUGCAGACAACCCUGCCUUAUCGACUCGCGAGACGUUCCCGAUCCCUCGCUGCUGCCCCGAUGACUUACUGCGAGGUGACGACAAGAUUUGGGCCCCUGGCAAGCCGCUGCGUAUCGCGUACGUUACCUGGAACAUGGCUAGCAGGAGGCCACGCACCGGCGAGAUCUCCGCCUACUGUAUCUACCCAAACGCACACUUGGUGGUGGUCGGCACCCAGGAGAACGGCCCCUAUGUGAGCUCGAACGAGCACCAGCGCCGGUGGACAAAAAUCGUUUCGCAGGUCUGUCUUGGUGGACAGUACGAGCUGGUCGGCAAGCACCAUAUGUGGGCGGUGCAAAUGCUCGUUUUUGCUCGCCGCCGCGAUGUGGCCCACUACAUAUCACGGGCACACGCGUCACACGUGAAGACAGGGGUGCUGAACGGCCUGGGUGGGAACAAGGGUGGCGUUGCCGUGGGGCUGGUCUUAUCUCUGACGCCUAAAGACGCAGCGCCCCCGCAUCGUGCGAAAGCACACCUCACCACCGCUUCUGUUCCGCAGACUCUACCGCUGAAGAGUAAGACGGCCUGGUCACGGGUGAUGCCGAUGAAGCGAGCGGCAACCACCCCUCAAAAUCUGGACAGCUCAAUGGUAGCGGGCAGAGAAAGUAGCGCUGCUUUCAUGAUGUCGAAAUCCUCCGCGAACCGCAGCGUUGAAAUACCUCCAGCCCUGACGAGCGAUCCGUACAUGCUACACGACGCUGAUGACGAAUAUGGCGAGCUGCUGCAUAAGCGCAGCUUUCCAGAUGGCAACAGCACAGGCAACUUCUUUUUCGACAACAGCGACACUGUCGUAGACAAUGACGGGGCCUUUUCGCCUGCCGAGGUGAUAAGCCGCAACACCUCGUCUGACCUGACAACUGAGCACGGCGAUGACGACCACUCUGACUGCCACACACAGCGCUCCGAGAACGGCAUGGAUCGGCAUGAACGUUGUGGCGGUGACGACGACGCUUCGAGUGACGGUAAACCAGAUCGUGUCACGCCAAAUUACAUGACGCUGCUGUUCAUCACCGCGCACCUGACGGCGCACCAAGGCGCUGUCAGCAACCGCAAUAAGGACUACCGGCAGAUUGUCUACGGCCUGCAGCUGGGCGGCCGCGGCCCGCAUCGUAAGUUCUUCAAGCUGCUGCUGGGUCGGAAGAAAGUGCUGGAGGGUGACGAUGAGGAGGCAAGCGAUGAGGACGACGAGGCUGAUUGUUGGGAGGACAACAGCCCUGAAGAGGGUGUGACGCCUUUAAGACUCCCUGCUGUGUCUGGAGUGGAGCAGAAGCGAAAGACGCGUCGCGACGUGACAGAGGAAUUCGACCUCACCUUGUUCGGCGGCGACCUGAACUACCGCAUUAACGGCACGCGCAAGGCCAUCGAGUACGUCAUCCAGCACCACAGCAACAUUCGAUCUAUCCUGAUCAACAAUGACCAGCUGAGCCUUGAGCGGGCCCGCGGGAAGGUGUUUCAAGGAUUCCAGGAAGGUAACCUUCUCUUCCGUCCAACGUACAAGUACGAAGUAUCGGCCGGCGGCGGCGUUACCCUCAACGAGUACAACUUUUCACACAAGAAGAACCGCAUGCCGGCCUACUGUGACCGGAUUUUGUACAAGAAAAGGAUUACCUCCGCCGCCCGCCGUGUCGCCAUUCGGCUCUACACAGACGUUCCGAAUGUCCGUUCGAGCGACCACCGUCCCGUCGUGGCCCUCUUCGACGUCGGCACGCGGGCCUACACUGACUGA